UAUAAGAAGACAUCCUUAGCAACUUAGUAUACUAUUUGUUUCCAAGUCCAAACGAAGCCACAAGAUGCAGAGGUUACAAAUUAGUUCUCGGCCAUCCGAAGAGUUCCUGAUCAACAUCUCCCCGGAUUCUUCAAGCCCAGAUGAUCUCGUGGUCUAUGAUGUCGCCAAGAAGGAUAUGAUGCUUCACAAUAAUAGUUACAAGUCUGCUAAUGGAGAGAGAGCUAUUCACCUAAUCCCUCUUGUUCUCUUUCUAUGUGCUUUUGUUCUUUGGUCUUUUUCAAGUGUUACUACUAAUCUCUAGUGACGUACGUAAAGGAAUAAUAGACAUUUCAUAAUUUGUGAUCAUUUUGAUAAUGAUAAUAUAUGAUUUUAAUUACAAUAUUAGCCAAUACUUGGAUUCUUUGUUUGUGAAGUGUUAAUUACAAUUGUGGCUCCGUUGAGUAAUCGAAAACACAAUGUUAUUGUUUCAAAUUUUGGUAUCUUGUAUAUGUAUACUAACUAACCGGAAAUAAAAUGUUAUUGCUUCAGUUUUUGAUAAAAUUAUGUAAUUAAUUAACCGGAAAAUUCAAAACAAAAUGUUAUUUGUUUCAAUUUUGGUAACAUGUAUGCAAUGUUUUAAAAUCGGUAGGCGAUGGUUACGCGACUUAUCUAUUAUAUUAAAACAGAAAUCAUGACUUAUUUCAUGUGUGAUAUUUUAAAAUGGACCAUCCAUUAAUUUUUUUAAUUAAAUGAAUUUGUAUUCUUUAAGCCACAUAUUAAUUGCAUUAGAAAUCUCUUUAUAUUCACCAAAAGAAUCAAGGUCGUUACAUAUGCAACUAACUUUUAAAAUUUAACCAUCAAUAUAAU